AUGGACUGCGACUCGAUCAAGAACGAGCAGACCGGUCUUGGUACCAGUGCUGGCAUUAUCUUGGACAAGUCCACCGACCUCGUCGCCGCCAUUGCUCGUCUUGCUCACUCCUAUAAGCAUGAGUCGUGCGGCCAGUGCACGCCUUGGCGAGGCUACGGCCACGCACGCGGGUUGGACAUGCUCCUCCAACUCUCCAAACAAAUCGAAGGUCGUACAACCUGCGCCCUCGACGACGCAGCAGCCUGGCCCAUCCACGCCACCUCCACCCGCUCCUCGGGGACCGCAUCUCUCAGUCCCGCGCCACCAACGGCCCUGUUCGGUGGGCGGCUUGCGGCGGAUGUGGACCCGAGCUUGGCGUUGCCGGAUGGUUGGGCGCGAAUAUGA